AUGGUUCUAGUUGGGGUUUUCUCUUGUCGUAGAAAACAAACGACGUCGUUAGGACGGAAUAUAUAAACAAAGAGCAACACGCAGAAACCUCACUAGUUUGGUUCAACUGAAUUUUUCAUCCAUCAUCGCAUCGCAUCGCAUCACAUCAAAUCGAGGUAUUUGAUCUGAAACUAGUAGUAUUUGAGGAGAGUGAGAAGAUAAUAAUGGAUUUAUCGGCGGUGACGGCAGCAUUGGAAUCGAAAUCAUACGAGAAAAUUGCAGAUAUCUGCGAUAAUCUCAUGCUUCAGGUUGCAGCUGAUGGUGCUGCUUUUCACAACGAUUGGCCCUACGCAAUUCAUCUUCUCUCUCACUUUUAUGUUCAUGACAUAAACAGUGCUCGUUUUCUAUGGAAAACUAUACCUUCCUCAAUCAAAGAAAGCAACCCUGAAGUCAAUGCUGUGUGGAAAAUUGGUCAACAACUUUGGUUACGGAACUAUGGUGGAGUACAUGAGGCAAUCCGUGGUUUUGAGUGGAGUCAGGGUCUCCAGGAUUUUGUUGCUGCUUUCUCAGAGCUUUACACAAAGGAGGUUUUUCAGCUGCUUGUAUCUGCUUAUUCUACAAUAACUGUUGAAGAUGUUGCUUUAUUUCUGGGAAUGAGUGAGGAAGAUGCUUCAAGUUAUGUGCUACAGCAAGGUUGGACUGUGGACUAUGCCUCUCGGAUGCUUACUGUGAAGAAGCAACCUGUUGUGACCGAGCAGAAACUAGACCCCCGUAAAUUGCAACAGCUGACAGAAUAUGUUUUCCAUCUUGAGCACUGAUUCUGUACUAGCAUUGAAGCUGUUGAUAGUUUUGGAAAACAAAUUUUCAUGUUUUAACUUUGAUCUAUGAUUCGCACAUACUCAGUAGUUAUUGAACAUACUUAAUUUUGUAUGACAGUGAAACACUAAAGAAAUUGCAAAUUAGACAGGCUUUUGAGAGA